UGUGUACUCCAGUACUCCAGUUCAGUAGGUGGCAGUGAUGCACCUUAAGUUGGCAGCAAGCCACCGAUAAAGACCGACGAAGAAGAGGUCGAAGCGUCCUCUGUGCAUGCUAGAAAAUUCGCUAGACACAGGACAGAGUCUGAAUUUGUGAAGAGAGGAUUUUUAGAUUGUGAAGAGAUGUCCUCCCAAAUCAGACUGAGGCUGCUGCCGAGUUUCAGAUGCUUAUUCGAUGAGCCUGUUCAGCUGAAGGUGUCCGGGCUGAGGUCGAGGCAGGUGGUCACUAUGAGAGCCAGAUCUGCUGACGAGCGAGGAGUGGUGUUCAGCUCCUCAGCCACCUACAGGGCUGAUGGGAGAGGGGAGAUCGACCUGGACAGAGACCCCUCACUCAGUGGGAGCUAUGUCGGGGUUGAACCCAUGGGGCUGCUGUGGUCGAUGAGGCCAGACAUCUUGCACAAUUACUUUUUCAAGAACAAUUCACUAAACCCCCAUGUGGUGAAGCUCUCUGUGCAUGAGGGCGAGGGGGAGGGUAGGACGCUGGCAGAGGCGACCAAUGAGAGGCUUCUGAUGGGAGAGGGCGUCAGCCGGGUCUCUGUCAAAGAGGGGAAUUUUCAGGGAGUCCUGUUCACUCCCCCAGGAGAAGGUCCAUUCCCUGCGGUGUUGGAUCUGUGCACCUUCAUGUCAGAGAAAAGACCCAGUCUGUUGGCCAACAAAGGGUUCGUAGUUCUGGCUGUACCAAUUUACACUGACAAGCCCGACAACAAACCAAUGCAUCUGGACCACUUUAAAGAAGCAGUGGAUUUCCUACGACGACAACCAAAAGUGGGCAGCAAAGGAGUUGGAAUAAUAGCACGCUCAAAGGGAACAGAUAUUGCACUUUCACUUGCAGCUUUUGUACCAGGUGUUGAUGCCACAGUGUGGAUCAAUGGCUCCAGCGGCAUUGUGGCUGUUCCACUGUACUAUAAAAACCGCCAAAUCCUCUCACCGCUAACCUUUGACUUGAGCAAAGCAUUUCGUGUUGAAUCUGGAGCUACCAUGAUCAAGUAUGUUUUGAACAGUCCCCUGGCAGAAGAAAACAAGGGCGCCGUGGUCCCCAUUGAACAAGCAAAGGGACACUUCCUCUUUGCGGCUGCAGAGGACGACCUGAACUGGGACAGCAAGGCUUACAUGGACCAGAUGGUAGAGAGACUGAAGCACCACAGGAAGGAGAACUUUGAGAGUGUGUGUUACCCUGGAGCUGGACAUUUACUUGAGCCCCCGUAUGGACCGUUCUGUCCCUCUGCUAUGCAUGGGGUCCUCCGCACUGCAGUUGUGUGGGGGGGUGAGCCCAGGGCCCAUGUAGCAGCUGAAGUCCACCUGUGGAAGAAGAUCCAGGACUACUUCAGAACUCACCUAAGCUGUGAUGUUGCACCGUCUGAAGCCAAGUUAUAGGUGCAAAUAAGAUGAUAAGAAAGACACAGUAACAGAUCAUGAUAUCAUGGCUGCAAAAUAACAGUAGCUACUAGUGUUUACAGUUGGAUGUUUUCUAAUGAAGACAACAUGUUAUAUUUUACUAUAUCAUGUUUUGUAAAGUGCUGAUGACCCUGGUGAAGGUUUACUGCAUUUAAAAUAGAAAAUAGUAGACUUCUAAUUAUAAUCUGCAAAUAAAAAAGAUACAGAAAGGCAAAUUAAUAGCAUUUUGAGAAUGGAAUGUUAAAUUGAAAAGUCUGAAAUUAAGGUUAAUAAAAACAAAUGUAAUAAGUGCUAAAGAAAAACAACCCCCUCUUUGUCUUUAUCCAACACUUUUGCAUUAUCUGUUUCUCAACAUGAAACUCCUGGCACUUUUCCCAUAACUCUAAACACUACUCACAGUUUUCAGUGUAAAGUAGUUGUGUUCUAUUUUUUUUAAGUUAUGACUGUUAAACAUGUUUCUUCUUUCAGUAUUAGUUUUUCAAAAUUGCUAAAACAGAUUUCUUAAAGCCUAAAAACUAAAAUCAAACUAAAAACUGUGAACACAAAACCCAUUUUUCAAACUAGUGAGUGAGAUUGUUUAGAGGUUUGCAACAAAUGUUGAAUCACAUCCGACAACUACAUCUAGUUUCAUAAACACACAUUAAGGCAUAAGUGUUGCAUGAAACUGUAAAU